GACCGACCAAUCGAUACAGUCAAUAAAUUCAACAAUUGCUCUUUUCAGACAUAUUCUGGCCUUUUCUGUGUGGUAAUCAACCCCUACAAAAGACUACCCAUCUAUACCGAUUCCGUUGCUCAAAUGUUCAUGGGAAAACGAAGAACUGAGAUGCCACCACAUUUGUUCGCUGUCUCUGACGAAGCCUACCGUAAUAUGCUGCAAAAUCACGAGAAUCAGUCGAUGCUUAUCACUGGAGAGUCCGGAGCUGGAAAGACUGAAAACACCAAGAAGGUGAUUACUGUAGAGUACGGUAGUCGAUCGUGA